UAUAUAUAUAUAUAUUAUGCUCAACAAAAUAAGUAUAUCUUUUUGCAGAGAUUUUUCAAAACUGACAUGAAAAUCUUUGAGUUUUUCUUAUCUUUUGAUGUGACAAAGAAGAAUAGUUUUUUCUUAGGUUAUGAUGUGGAUCCCAUAUACUUCAAUAUGUAUAUGUAACAACAUCAAAAGGACAGAAUUUUUAUAUAUAUAUAUGAUAGCAUAAUGUAUAAUAGACCUUUAAAUUAAUGUACAAAUGAGAGAGAGGAUAAAUAGUAAAAGAUGAGUGAAAUGGGUUCUGAUUAUAUAUACGGGUGUCAUCUUAAGUUUGAAUUUUGAUGACAUUAAGGUUGACCAUGUCGAUUUGCUGCAAAAAGAUGUAAAUUGAAAGGGAUGCAAUGGGAGGUAAGUGUUAUUUAUUGUUAUGCCAUUCAUGGACUGCAGGUUAAGAUUGUUAGUUUUUGCUCUUAUAUCACUUUCUGACUUUACUCUGAUACCACUUUGUUAGAAAUAGUGGUCUAGAUACACACACAACACUAUAAUAUUUGGAAGAAAAUGAUAUGGAGGAAUACUUGGAAAAUUAUUUUUAUUCCACUUCUAAUUCAUAUUUUAAAAUGACUAAAGUACAUGAUUAUAUAGGCCUCACAUAUGUAUGCAUAACCAUUACAUUUAAAGGCCUAAUUACACCCAUUAUUCCCACUAACAUAACCAUUAGUAGCAUAACUCCCACUAACAUAAUAUUUAGAAGACUUAAUUCCCAUAUCUCUUAGUCUUAUAUAACCUUCUCCAUCAAGACCAUUUACUACCCUACUAACAUGAAAUGCACACAUGUAUCAUGUAUACCAAAUACUUGAAAAUACUAAUUACAACUAAAAUUCUAAAAUCAAGUUUAUUUUCAACACCCCCCUUUAAACUUGAUUUUGUAACUUAAAAGUAAACUUCUUAUUGAUCUUGGGGGCUAGAUCAAUAAUUUGUUACUUUGUCUUGAUUUCCACCUCGUUUAAUUGCAACAAUCUUCUUAGCCAUUUCCAUUGAUGUAUAUGGCUUGUGAAAAAUCUUCAAAUGCUUGUUUGAUGUCUUCACAUAAUCAUAUAUCAUCCUCUUUAUAUAAACGCACCAUCUAUCUUUUUUCUUCUUGAAUCUUUUAUGACUCUUCAACUUCACAUAUGCUUUUUCUUUAGAGUCAAAAAAUAACUCCAUAUUCACCCAAUCUGUGUCAAUUACAAAACUCUCCAAACCAUUUUUCAAAAAAUAAUUUAAGAAAUUAUUAUCAUCUUGAGCUUCAAUCUCAUACUUCAUUGGAAUAACUUUCUUCAAGAAAAGUUCAUCAUUCUCCACAACAUGAACACAAUUAUCAUAAUAUUUGAUUUUGCUUUUCAAUUGAGAUGAAUAUGAAGAAAUCAGAAUUUUAUCAAAUAAUUUAAAUAUAACUUCUUUCAAGGUGGAAUUUGUAACCAUACCUGAAGAUGUUAAUGCACCAAAUUCAUCAACUUGUGCAUCUUCUUUAACACUUUCUUCUCUUUUAACUUCAUUCUCCUACACUUUUUUAAUCCCUUCUUCAACACAUUUCUUUACCUCUUCCUCAUUCACCAUUUCAAGUUGUUCUUCAAAUUCUUCAACUUGAUUUGUGUUGUACGCUUCUUCAUUCUCCACACCUUUAUCCUCAAGACUUUCAUAAUCAGCCUUUGUAAACUCAUCAUCCUCAAAGCAUUGUACACAAUACUCCAUGGGUAGUGAUUCACUUCUAUGAUUAGAAACGAUGGUCUCGAGUAUCUUCCAAACAUAACUUGGAGUUUUGGACUCUCCAAAAUACUCCCAAAUUUCUUGGUGUAUUGCUUUCUGCAACACUACCAAUGCCUUUUCUUCUUUCUUGUCUCGAAGCUUGUUGGACAUGCCAUUCUUUGGCUUUAAUCCAACAACAUCCCACAAAUCACAUGCUUUGAGGUAUGAAGUCAUGAUGAUUCUCAUUCUCCUAUAAUUAAAUAACAUCAUCUUCUCACUAAGAAAAUACAUUUUCUCCCCUUCAUCAUCAUCAAAGAGAAACUUGUUUUUCUCAAAGUGUUGAACCUUCUAGGAUCAACUUCGUCAGGCCUUCAGGAUCGUUUAGGUUCUGAACAUGAAAUCUGACUCUGAUACCACUUUGUUGGUUUUUGCUCUGAUACUACUUUCUGACUUUACUCUGAUACCACUUUGUUGGAAAUAGUGGCCAAGAUACACACACAACACUAUAAUAUUUGGAAGAAAAUGAUAUGGAGGAAUACUUGAAAAAUUAUUCUUAUUCCACUUCUAAUUCAUAUUCUAAAAUGACUAAAGUACAUGAUUAUAUAGGCUUCACAUAUGUAUGCAUAACCAUUACAUUUAAAGGCCUAAUUACACCCAUUAUUCCCACUAACAUAACCAUUAGUAGCAUAACUCUCACUAACAUAGUAUUUAGGAGACUUAAUUCCCAUACCUUUUAGUCUUACAUAACCUUCUCCAUCAAGACCAUUUACUACCCCACUAAUAUGAAAUGCACACAUACAUCAUGUAUACCAAAUACUUGAAAAUACUAAUUACAACUAAAAUUCUAAAAUCAAGUUCUUUUUCAACAAAGAUUUCGUUUUCCACAAACUUUAUGUGGGAGAAUCAUUGAAUUCAUAUAAUGUGUUUGCCAAACUUGAGUUGAGUUUCAAUUAUCUCGAAAGGGAGGAGGCCAAAUUAUUGUUCUUACUCUGUAGCUUGUUUCCAGAAGAUCAUAACAUUUCGGUGGAAGACCUGAUGAGAUAUGCCAUGGGGCUGAAGGUGUUUGGAGAUGUCAACACCAUUGAAGAAGCAAUAUAUAGCGCCCAUGACGUAGUAAGUACCCUUACUGAUUCUUUUAUGUUGCUGGAUGGUUCUGAGAAAGGGUUCGUUAAAAUGCAUGAUGCCCUUCGCGAUGUUGCAAUAUAUAUUUCGUCUAAACAUGAUAAGUACCAGUUCAAGGUUAUGGCUGGACUGAAAAAUUGGCCAGAUACACAAACAUUUGAAAAUUAUUCAGCCAUCUCAUUGAUAUCAAAUGAUAUCAAUGAGCUUCCUCGUGAGCUAUCAGCCUCAAAACUCCAGACCUUGCGAAUACAAUGCAAUUCUCACUUGCACAUUCCAGAUGAUUUCUUCAAAGGAUCCAAUGAUCAAUUGAUUUUUUUAGAAAUGAGUGGUAUCCAUUUCUUGCCAAUACUUCCACCAUCACUUCAACCGCUUUCUAAUACCCUUCGAACCCUUCAUCUAACUUCUUGCAACUUAGAGGACAUAUCCAUGAUAGCAACACUAAAGAAUCUUGAGAUUCUCAGCUUUAGUGGUUCUGAAAUUGGUGGAAUUCCUUGCAAUAUUGUCGAAUUGAGUCGUCUGAAACUCCUUGAUUUGACCAACUGUGAAAAGCUUACAAAUAUAGUACCAGGCGUCAUAUGCAAACUUCCUAGAUUAGAGGAGCUGUAUUUGCCACAACGUUUUAAGUUCGACAAUCUUGUUGAGCUCAAUUCCUUGUCUCGAUUGGCUUGCCUGAAAUUUUUUAUUCCAAUUGAUCUUUUGCAUAUAGAUUUAACUGAGCGUGCGCGAGAGUCAACAAGUUUCAACAUAACAAUUGGCAUUGGAAAAGUAUUUGAGAGUCUUCAUGUAUACAACAAACCUUAUCCUUAUGUAAACAUGAGAAGCUUGACAAUUGACCAUGAUGGGCCAAUACAUCCCAUAAUGUUGGAUUGGUUUAAGUUGCUGUUAAAGAAGACUAAGCAUCUAGUUUUGGGCCACUUGAAGAAUUUGAAUAAUAUCUUCAGUGAACUAAUCGAGGAGGGCUUCAAUGAAUUAAAGUCUCUUGAACUCGAUUGCCUUGAAGGGACGGAAUAUCUGGUGAACACAAAGGAGUCGACACCGCAGAUGGCCUUUAGCAGCUUAGAGGUUUUGUCGCUUUCUAACAUGUGGAGCUUCAUUGAAAUAUGUCCCGGACAAAUCUUUUCGCAAUAUGCGCGAACUACAUGUGUUUAAGUGUAUUAACAUACUUAAGCUGGUUUCAUCCAGUUUGCUAGGAAGGCUAAAAAAUCUUGUGAAGCUCGAUGUCUAUCAAUGUUUUAAGCUGGUACAUGUUUUUGAAGAGCAUGUAGAUGCAGAAGUGUCGCUCUCAAAGCUGAAAGAAAUUGUUCUAGAUUCUUUGUCCAAUACGACACAUAUAUGGAAGGACGGCCCCCAUCAAUUUAUUAGCCUUUGUAACCUUGAGAAGCUGUGUGUGUAUUGUUGUCCCAAGUUAAGAAAGUUACUCUCUCCAAAGCUAUUACAAGGGCCUGUUCGCCUGAAAUACCUUGAUGUUAUUGCUUGCCAUAGUUUGGAAGUAUUAUUAGGACAUGAAGAGGAGCAAGAUACGGAGAUGGCAGUCCCUUUUUUGAGAAGCCUCACCCGUGUAAGCGUGUAUGGCAGUCCCUUUUUUGAGAAACUUGAAUGUUUGAAUGUAUCCCAGUGCUACAAAUUGCAAAAUGUAAUUGAGGAUAAGAAAGGAAAACAAGAAGCGGCUUCAGUUGAAUUUCCCUGCCUGUCCUCGAUAUCACUUUUUCAACUGUACAGGUUGAAGAGUUUUUGCACCGGGUAUUAUACUAUUGAAUGGCCAUCUUUGGAAAGACUGGAUAUCCGAUAUUGUUCCGAGAUGGAGACUUUUGGUUCUGGAGACCAAGUAACACCUCAACUGAAGAAAAUAGUGAAACACGAAUCUGAGGGGCAAGAGACUGUGAUCACGAUCAAUGGUGGCGACCUUAAUCACGUUGUGCAAAACCACUUCGGACCCAAGGCAACAACUUCGGAGGUAGGUCCCAGUUAGUCUUCCUCGUAAAGGCAUGAUCCACUUAAAGAUUCUGCGAUCAGAAGGAGCUUGGUGAUGAUUCCAGGAGUUUGAUUUCCAACUAGCUCUUUCCGCAAGUUGCAAAAAUGGAAAAAUGAAAAUGGUGUGCUUGUUUCAGUUCUUGGUUAUCUGUGCUUCUUUCAUGUAUUGUAAUAUUUUGGUGUGUUUCAUUAUAUUUGUGGCGGUGUGUUUUCUUGUUUAAACCAGUAAUACUGUAUCUGAGUGGAAUAUUAUAUAUAUAAAUUUUUUGUUGUUGUUGAUUAAAUAAAGAAGCAUGAAGUUUUUUUCGGUUUUGACAAA